CCAUCAGUAUAAUCAAAGUCAAAAAAAAAAAGAAAAGGAGGGGGGGUUACUUUUUGGAACAGAAAUCCAAUGGGACAAGCAGCAAAGAAAGACGGAGAGCACUAGUAGUGGUUUGUAGCAUGUCCUCGACUCAAGUUGGACAGCUAGGCCCCUCUCCUCUCCUCUACUGACAUCACUGCCUAAAAUGUUUGCCAAAAGCUUGGCAGGAUACUUCCUCAGUUCAUAAGACAUUAUUAUUUCUCUUUGUAAAUAUUUCUAAAUUUUCCUUCAUUGCAGCCCCUUUUUGGUUUGGGCUGUUACUGUUUUCCGGCCGUGGGCUGUUUUUUUUUGGGCUGGGCUGUUGGUCCCGAAGGACCCUAACUUUUUGGUCUGGACCUUGCUUGUGCUUCCGUUUCAACCGCCACCCCCACCACCACGACCACCAGCUGCAGCAGCAGCGCUGGACCACUCAGUAAUAACCUCCAUCGCCUUCCUUCAUAGUACGCUUCCUCACGGCCACCACCAUGUUUUCGCUCCUCAACCACACCAGGCGAGCAGUAAUCACUUACCUUCGCCACCACAAACACAAAGCCAUCCUUCCCGCCCCACUCGGGCUCACAUCCUUACUGCGCCAAAAAUGGGACGGUACCGAGUACGACCACAUCAGGGCGGACGUCAACUGCCCCCGGUGUUCUUGUCAGAUGCCCGUCCUCUUCUCCAACCGUCCCCUCUCCAUCACGGCACGAGAGCCUGGGCUGUACCAGGCCCUCAACCUCUGUCCCAACUGCAAAACCGCCUUCUAUUUCCGCCCUUUUAAGCUGGAGCCCUUGCAGGGUAGCUUCAUUGAGUUGGGCCGAGUAAAAGGAGAUAUCGAGGGGGGUAAGGAGCGUGGAAAAAUUGGGAAAUUGAAGGAUGACGAUGACGAGGAUGACGCAGCAGGGAGCCUGGACAGGGAAUUACCUACCCCGAAGGAGAUUUGUAGGAGACUCGACGAGUUUGUCAUCGGCCAGGAUAAGGCCAAGAAGGUGCUUUCGGUGGCAGUUUACAACCACUACAAAAGGAUAUUUCAUGCCUCUCAGCAGAAAGAGGCACAUGUCUUUGGUGAUGAUGAUGAUGAUGACGAAGAAAAUGAUUCUGUUGAAUUGGAUAAGAGCAAUGUACUUUUGAUGGGUCCAACUGGAUCAGGGAAGACAUUGCUUGCAAAAACACUUGCUUGCAUUGUUAACGUGCCGUUUGUCAUUGCUGAUGCAACAACAUUAACACAGGCAAGUUAUGUUGGAGAAGAUGUAGAAUCUAUAUUGUACAAGCUGCUCCUGGAAGCUGAGUUCAAAGUAGAAGCGGCUCAGCAUGGGAUUAUCUACAUUGAUGAAGUUGAUAAGAUAACUAAGAAGGCCGAGAGUUUAAACAUUGGGAGGGAUGUAUCUGGGGAGGGUGUUCAACAGGCUUUGCUGAAAAUGCUGGAAGGAACUAUGGUAAACAUUCCUGUUCCUGAGAAAGGUGUUCGAAGGCAUCCACGUGGUGACAGCUUUCAGAUAGACACAAAAAAUAUACUUUUCAUAUGUGGUGGGGCAUUUGUUGAUUUGGAGAAGACCAUCUCAGAAAGAAGGCAAGAUGCCUCUAUUGGGUUUGGAGCACCAGUACGCACAAAUAUGAGGAGUGGUGGAUUGACUAGUUCUGUAGUCACUUCAUCAUUGUUGGAAUCUGUAGAAAGUGGUGAUCUUAUUGCAUAUGGCCUGAUUCCUGAAUUUGUUGGAAGGUUCCCCAUUUUAGUGAGUUUAUCAGCUUUAAGUGAGGACCAACUCAUUCAGGUCCUUAUGAAACCAAAAAACGCCCUUGGAAAGCAGUAUAAAAAGAUGUUCAGCAUGAAUGGCGUCAGAUUACAUUUUACUGAAGAUGCAUUAAGAUUGAUUGCAAAGAAGGCAAUGGCCAAGAAUACUGGUGCUCGAGGCCUGAGAGCCAUACUAGAAAAUAUUCUCACAGAAGCAAUGUUUGAGAUUCCAGGCACCAAGAGGGAAGCAGGUGCUGCAGUUUUGGUUGAUGAAGAAGCUGUUGGGAGAGUGGAUGAAAAAGGAUGUGGUGCAAAAAUUGUGUACGAGGAGGGAGCAUUGGCAGGAUAUCUUGAGGAGACAAUGUCAAAGUGGAAUGUUGAUGAUGCAAAAGAAUGUGGAGAUGCAGGAGCAGGAGAAAAGAGAGCAAGGGAAGGUAGAGAAUGAAAGACCUGUGAAGAUGAUUGUUAGGAGUUUAUGUAUAUUAUAGUGACUGUUUGUAGAUAUUGUGAAGUGAAUGGUAUUUUUUUAUUUUUUUUUAUUUUGCAUUUCAAUAAAAAUUAAUUUAGCUC